AUGAGAUUCAAUAGCAAGCAAAAGUCUCUUUCAAGCUUACUGUUUGCCGGCUUGUUUGCCACCUCUGUUCAUGCUCAAUCUAACUUGAAUCUAGAGCCAACCUUUCAAAAUGACGGUGGAAAAAACAUUGCCUUCUUUUGUACCAUUGGUGGCGCGUCACAUUACAAUUGGGUUCUCAAUAUUGGCGAUGAAUUGGGCUCAAGAGGGCACAAUGUCACUUUUUUGACAUCAGAUGAGGACAUGCGAUUUGGUAGUCCAUACAAGCAUGUUCAAACAGUGUCUACAGGAUCUGCUCCAGAAUGGGAUCCAGCUGAGCUAUUCAAUGACGAGUUGAAGGAGAUGAGCACUAACCGUCCUGGUGAAUUCAUGGCUAUGGUCUUUGAUAUGAUGUUUGUAAACUACGAGAGAGAUUACCUAUUUACCAGACAAUUCUUCAUUGAUAAUAAGAUUGAUGUAGCCCUCUGUGAUCAUUUCGCAGAUGCUUGUGUUGAUGUCGCUACAAAUCUGAGUAUACCUUACAUUAUUACAGCGGCUAUGGAUGUUACCAAAGAUACUGCUGCUCCUUACAUCAAUAAUGACAUUGCCACACUCAACUUUCCUACCACUGAGCGCCAGCCUUUCAUCAGUCGCUUCAAGGGCAAAUUUAUUGAUCCUAUCAAGAACAUCAACGCUGUUUUGCCUGUUAUCAAGAAACUGAAUGCUAGAAAAGUUGCAGUUGGAUUUGACGCCAAGCUGGAGGAUCCUAGCACUAAAUGGCAACACUCUGUCAAGCUGUCUAACACUGUAUUUGGCUAUACUCCUGCUAGGCCUCUGGGUCCUAUGGCUGAAUUUGUAGGCCCUAUCAUCCCUAAGCAUUAUAAGCCCUUGACGCAAGAUCUUGAAACCUACUUGAAUGCUCAUAAGCGUGUCGCUUACGUCGCUUUUGGUCAUGCCGCUACUCCUUCCGAGAAAGACAUUGUGUUGAUUUUAUCAGGUUUAUUAGAAAGCAUCGAGCGUGGCGAUUUGGAUGGCUUUAUUUGGGCUACUGUUCAUGCUGCUGGAAGAUUUCCUGAUUCUAUCACAACUUCAUCCGGUCAUGUUUACAGCGUGAAAGACAUGUUUGAUCACAUCAAUCCUCAUGCACACAUGGUGAAAUGGGCUCCUCAAACUGCUAUCCUUCAUCAUCCCUCUAUUGUUCUGUUUGUCACUCAUGGUGGUUUAGGCUCUUGGUACGAGUCCAUGUACAGUGGUACUCGUUUGAUCGUGUUUCCAUUCUUUGGAGAUCAACAUGGAAACGGUUUGACAGUGGAGGUCAACAAAUUAGGCAGUGUCUUGAAGAACGAACACUCUGUCCAAGACGCUGUCGAUUUAUUCAGAAAGGUCAUUGUUGAUGAAACGGGUGAGAUUGCUGAAGGCGUCAAGCGUAUGCAAGCUCUUACACAAAUCUACUCUCGCCAUGGUGUCAUUCGUGGAGCUGAUAUUGUGGAGGAAGUGGCUUACACCAACAAGAAUGGUAGACUUCCACAUCGUGAAAGCGCUGAUCACCGUAUGUCUUAUCUUAAGAGCCAUAAUCUGGAUUUAUAUGGUGCAUUGGCCUUGCUCGUUUCAUUUGUUUUGUUCGCAGUUGCUUUCAUCGCUCAAGUUGGAUAUAAAUUGGUGUUCAGGCCUUCCUCUACUGAUAAAAUCAAGAAACUUUAA